CGGGGAGGGAGAAGGGAGGCAAGAAAGUAGCAAAAGUGAGGCUGGCAGCCGGCGGCAAAGGAGCGGGUCGAGCGGCGGCGGCGGCAGGAAGUCUGUGCCCGAGACGAGCAGAAAUUAGAGCCAGGGAGGGACCGCGGCGGCGGCGAGAGUGAAAGAGGAAACUGCAGAAGAGGAAGCUCUGCCGCAGCACAAAGUCUCCUCCGGCUCCCGCGCCGAGCAUCCCCGCGCGCCCGCCCCAGCCCUCCCGGACCGGCUCGCCGCUGCUGCCUGCGCCCCUGUCGCUGGGCGCCCCCUCCUCAGCGCGCCCACCCCGGCCCCACGCGCCCCGGCCGCGCCGCCUCGCCGCCCUCCGCACACGUCGCCCUCGUCUGCCAUGGCCCGGGAGAACGGCGAGAGCAGCUCCUCCUGGAAAAAGCAAGCUGAAGACAUAAAGAAGAUUUUCGAGUUCAAGGAGACCCUCGGAACCGGGGCAUUUUCUGAAGUGGUCUUAGCUGAAGAGAAGGCCAGUGGCAGACUCUUUGCGGUGAAGUGCAUCCCCAAGAAGGCGCUGAAGGGCAAGGAAAGCAGCAUAGAGAACGAGAUCGCUGUUCUGAGAAAGAUUAAGCAUGAAAACAUUGUCGCCCUGGAGGACAUUUACGAAAGCCCCAAUCACUUGUACUUGGUCAUGCAGCUUGUAUCUGGUGGAGAGCUGUUUGAUCGGAUAGUGGAGAAAGGAUUUUACACAGAGAAGGAUGCCAGCACUCUGAUCCGCCAGGUGUUGGAUGCUGUCUACUAUCUCCAUAGAAUGGGCAUUGUCCACAGGGACCUCAAGCCUGAAAAUCUGUUGUACUACAGUCAAGAUGAGGAAUCCAAAAUAAUGAUCAGUGACUUCGGGUUGUCAAAAAUGGAGGGCAAAGGAGAUGUGAUGUCCACAGCCUGUGGGACCCCAGGCUACGUUGCUCCCGAGGUCCUGGCCCAGAAACCAUACAGCAAGGCUGUUGACUGCUGGUCCAUCGGAGUGAUUGCCUAUAUUUUGCUCUGUGGCUACCCUCCUUUUUAUGAUGAAAAUGAUUCCAAGCUCUUCGAACAGAUCCUCAAGGCAGAAUAUGAGUUCGACUCCCCCUACUGGGAUGACAUCUCCGACUCUGCGAAAGACUUCAUCCGGAACCUGAUGGAGAAAGAUCCAAAUAAAAGAUACACUUGUGAGCAAGCCGCUCGGCACCCAUGGAUCGCUGGGGACACAGCCCUCAACAAAAACAUCCAUGAGUCUGUCAGUGCCCAGAUCCGGAAGAACUUCGCAAAAAGCAAAUGGAGACAAGCAUUCAAUGCCACGGCCGUCGUGAGGCAUAUGAGGAAGCUUCAUCUUGGCAGCAGCCUGGACAGUUCAAACGCAGGUGUUUCCAGCAGCCUCAGCUUGGCCAGCCAAAAAGAUUGUCUGGCACCCUCCACACUCUGUAGUCUCGUUUCUUCUUCAUCGGGGGUCCCUGGAGUGGGGGCGGAGCGGAGACCGAGGCCCACCACUGUGACCACAGUGCACUCGGGAAGCAAGUGACUGGCUCUGGAGGCGGGGCCCUGGGGGGCGGGGCCAGGGAAGGGGGCCUCCGGCGCCCCCAGCCCCUCCAGAGCGAUCCCACCUUGCAUGGUGCGCCUUCCUGCACAGGACUGGAAGACAGAAGUUUUUUAUGGCCAUAUUUUAUACUGCAAUUCUGAAGUGUUCAUUUCUCACAAACUGUACUGACUCAAAGGGAGCUGACGUCACAGGAUCUGGUGCUGUACAUAAGAAUCUUGCAGAAGCUCUGACGAAACGGACCUCCCGCGUCCUCUCCCCCAAGCCCCGUCGUUUCCGCUUUUCUCGGUAUGGGUAACCGUCUCUGUUGUAUUUUUUUCUUUCAUGACAAAAAAAAAAAAAAAAAAAAAAAAAAAAAAGGAAAAAAAAAGGUUUCAACUGGAUUAUUUAAGUAUCGGUAAAUAUUGCGCAUUUAGGGUUUUAUUUUUUACCUUUUAUGAAAUGCUCCCUUCUGAUCUAUACUUCUGAGUCCCAGGACCUGUAUCUUUUGCUUGUCCGUGGUAGAGUUUUAUGUUAACCUUCAAGAGAUGUUUUUCGUUGUUUUUCUCCCCCACCAAGGGGAAUGUAAAGGUAUUUUUUAAAAUUCUAAUAUGAGGAUCAAGAAUCUCUCUCCAAGGUGAAGAGUGCACUUUACUUCUAUUUCUCCUCUCUCCCCCCUUCCCUGGAGGGGCAGCUCUCUGAGAAGACAACUCUGCAGAUCCUCGGGGUGUCGUCUCCAGGGACGCCUUGGGCAGGGGUGAGGGGGGAUGGAAUCUGCAGAAAACCUUUUCCAGCACCCCCGCUCCAGCCUACCUGUGGCCGUCCGGAGACCCCAGGGGCCUUCACUGUCAGCGGUCAGAAAUAAAGAAGCCUGUUCUCCCAAGACUAAAGCUACACCUCAGAGGCUCCGCGCGCUGUGAAGGAGAUGCCCAGCAAAGACGAAGCGCCUCCCUCCCACAAGGAACCAGUCGCCAUUUUGUCCAAUGGGAACUCGCCGCCCGGCUCCCAUUUCUCUCGAGGGUAACACAGAAAGCUCCGCUCUCAGCUAUGCAGUUUUCGAGUUAAUCUCUGUUUUUAAAAAACGCAUUUCUAAUCUUAACACUUCAAAUGGCCUCCGACUCCUAGAAGUCUUUUCUGCAGAUUUUUACCCGGUCCUUCUGUGAAUGUUACCCGGGUGAGCAGAGAGGGAAGUGGCUUUGGAAAGGAGUCCGUGGACCUGGGGGUGGUAAGGAGAGGUGGUCUGCCAUGCAGGGGACACUGGCCGCCGCAGGGAUGGCCAGAGACGGCGUCCACCAGGCCCAGCCGGCGCUGGAAGCCUUCCCUCUGACCAGGGCAAGCUGAAAAACCAAAGACCUGUGAUGGCGGGGUCAUCAAAGGGCCCAGGUUGCCUGGGCCUGAAGAGUUUCUUGGGAUGUAGGACUUUAAUUGCCAAACCUGGCAGUGUCCCGGGCAAACUGGCCCCAUUGUCGGUCCAUGUGGUGUGUAGGUGUGUGGAAUGGAGCGCAGCGUGGGACUCAGGCAAACCCUUCUCCAGGGGGCUUCUGAGGCACUUCUCUGCAGAGGCCUGCUGCCCUUGGCCCUCCUGCCCAUGCGACACCGUGAGUCUGCAUUUCUUGCCGUCAGCCUCAAGCCCGCUGCGUGUCCCUGGAGAACUGCCCGAUGGCCCAACAGCUUUACUGGCAGAAGAAAAUGGCAUGAGGAUUAGAAAGAGUAUCUGAGAAAAUGGGGUUUCUCUCCAGGGGCUUUAUUAGGGUGUGGCUUAGGAACAAGCAUUGGGGAGCAUUCGUGUUGCCACAGUGUCAGAAAACAAGUAAUCUGAAGUUACGGGAGGGUGAUCGUUUGCCCGGAUGUGGUUCCUGUAAUGUGUACCUGAGUGGUUGUCGGUCCUUUGGCCUGUGUGCUCCAUGCUAUCCAUAGCACUUGGAGAGCAACUUUUGAAGCCACGUUCUCUGAUGGAUGAGUCCGUUAUUUCCUAGAGCUGAUAUGCAGGUGCCUGUUCUGUUCUCUUAGUUUGAAGGUAUGUCUUACCUGACAAGUGCAGAGGAGGUGAAAGGUGGGGUCUGUUGCAAGUGUCCCCUCUGUGGUUUGGGCCAGCCUCUGGCCAUGCUUGGCCUGUAACAUUUCAGGUCUCCACAACAUACUGCGAGGGAACAGCGACUGCUUUCAGCCCUCAAAGUGAACUCCGUUGAACUUGACACAGGCAAAUCAAGACCGUUUCAACACCACCAAACUCGGGUCAUUUCCUAUUGUUUAGGAAAAGGAGAAAAAGAAAUAACACAUGGAAGAACUUUUGCUCUUUGGGAGAGCCUCUGUGGCAGGAGAAAGGUUCUCUUUCAACCUCACUGGGUAUUACUUAGGCUUUAUCAUCAUAUCACACAGCAAGAGAACCCAGAAUGUAUCUUUGGUGAAGACCUGCUGAGCCAGGCGGCUGAGUCCCAGGCCCCUCGCCAACGUCCGAUCCCACCCGUAGGAGCUAAGCAUCUCCUACGUGCCCCAGGCUUCCGCUCCCCAUGGAAGCCAGUGUGUGGCCCAGGCUCAGGGAUGGCCACCAGCCCCAUUGUGGGUUCCUUUCAACCCCAAGCUCCCAACCAGUCUCCUAAGCUUCUCAGAGCAAGUAGAUAAUUUUUCCUACUUGAAUAGGACAUGUUGAUAUCAUGUCCACGAAUGGCCUCUCUCUCAGCUGCCUAUCCGUCCGCCCCUCCCUCAUGUCCCACUUUUCACUUCCUUUGUGAGGCAGCAGACAAGCAGCAAGUGUGCACACACAUGCGGGCCUCCCCGACCCCAACCUGCGGCUGAUGGCUCUUAGCCAGGGGGGCCAGUAGGGUUUAGUGUUCUUGACUAUGGCAAUGAUUCUGAUCACUUCUGAAAUCCCACCUCAAGAGCAGGGAGCAGCUUCACCUCCCUGCAUGGGAGCCUGUGACCUUAGAGAGAGUCCCACUGUCCAGCCAGCAGUUAGCCUGAUGUUCGAGGAGCUCAGCAGGCCAGCGUGGGGCAAACUAGAUGGCUUUGACUAAACAAGCAGGACUCCGGCGCUUAGGAAGCAAGGGCCAUCUAUUGACCAGGAUUGGGCAUAGGACUCUCAGACUCAGUUUACCUGCCCAGCACUGACCUCAACCUGUUCAUUUCUCUGCCUUGGUGUCCAGCAUAUCCUGGAUGGGAUGUGGGUGGGAGAGAGUAACUCCCCUUUAGAGUGAAGGUCAACAACACCAGGGCAAAGAGGAGGGAACCCCAGGGACCCCUCUUCUCUCCCUAGGAGUGACUGCUUUAUCUGUUUAACCCAUGGGAUGUGAUAUUUGAUGAGGAAUUUUAAACCGAAAAGACCAUAUCCAGGGGAGAGAACUCAGUAGUUGAAGGCUCUGCGGCCCAGCGAGAGCCCCGGUUCCGAGGCUCAUGACAGGAGAGCUAGGAUUGCUGUGACACUCCCCACCCCAUGUGAUUCGCAGGGUUUCCUUUGGCUGUGUGAAGGGAAAGCCAGAGCCGGCAAAGGGCAGCUCUCUCCAUUUCAUAAACAGAAAUAAUACGUACUCUUUCCCAGGGUCACACACUCCCUUCUGGCCAACAAAAUGAAGGUCCUCUGUUUCAACCAAUGCACGAAACCUUUGCAUGUUCUUCUCAAAACAGCACUCUUUCUGCGUCCUGUCCACCCACACUCCACAAAAGAGUUGGCCUUUUCCUUAAACACAUUCCAGACCAAACACUGUUCAGUUUGUUUCCAAAAAUGUAUACCUGUAUGUAACCCACCACUCUCUUGGGGGACAACUGGUCCUUGGCAUACCUGACAUUUGCAAACAAGGGUUCUAACCCUUUGGUUCUCAGAGUUGAAAGUGUUGAAAUAGAAAACGUGAACUGGACAGAGUCCUCCAGCGGGGGCUUAUUUCCUGAAGACACCAAGAAACCCCGUCUGCCGGUGAGCUGGCUCCAAGGCAUCCACCGUGGACAGCAGGCAGGGAGGGGGAAGGAAGACAGAAGCGCACGCCCCCUUCUGCCCACACCCCACUUGUGGUCCCAGCACAUCACGGGUCUGCAGCCUGGCCGAGGGCCCGGGAGCCCAGCCCCACUGUGAAGCCGGCCCCGCAUGCUGGCCAAGGCCUGGCCCGCUCCUGCUCCACUCUGACUCAGACCCUCAGACCGGAGGGAGCUGUAGCCCUUCCCGGGCCUUCCCUGCCACCUGCGGCUGGAGCGGCCCAGGUGUUGUGGCUGGGGGGAGAGGGGGGGUGCGCUCUACUUCUGCAAACCCAAAGGCUGUGCAUUUGGCAGCCAACCCCGCAGCAUGCGGCUGCCAGGUCUGGUUUUGUGGACAAAAGCAAAGUGUGGAAUGGCUUCUUGGUGUCUGUUUCUCUCUCUCUACACCAAAGGGAUAAACCAUUGCAUUCACCCUUUGUACGAAUGCCCGCUUCUGCAUUUGCCCUAUUUUUAACCUUCUGGUCCCCAGGGAACUUCUCAUACGGUGAUUCUGUCUUCUGAUCAUUCACUGAAUUAUUUUACUUAGAGGUGAUUUUAUUUUCUUAUGGAUAGGAAAAAAAAAAAUUGAGAGGAGUGUUUGAGGCUUCAGUCCUAGAAAUAAGUCAUCACCAGGGAUUCCAAAGCCCCAAACACAAAUAAAAUUUGUCCUCAAAGGAAAACCUUUAUCUGGACAGAUGGAGAUUGCCGGGCCCUCGUAGGAGCCCUGUAUUUCUGGGGCAGGGCCUGGGGCAGGGUUGGCAGCCGGGCUUUCUGGAGGGAGAAAGAAG